ACAGAUUUCCGAAUAUAUUUCCAAAAAAUACAUAAAAAACGUGAUUAGAGGUGGAUGUGGUUGCGAGUUGCUGUAGCUCCUCCCUCUCCCCCGCUGCCCGAGAUGACGACCAAAGAGACGGUACCAGCGGUGCAGGUGUACGGUAGGAAGAAAACUGCUACAGCGGUUGCUCACUGCAAGCGUGGACAUGGCUUGAUCAAGGUCAAUGGCCGGCCCCUGGAGCACAUUGAACCCAGGACUCUACAGUUCAAGCUGAUGGAGCCUGUCCUUCUCCUUGGAAAGGAGAGGUUUGCCAAUGUGUCAAUUCGUGUACGUGUGAAGGGUGGUGGCCACACAUCUCAGGUUUAUGCCAUCCGUCAAGCUAUUUCAAAGUCUCUAGUGGCCUACUAUCAGAAAUGUAAGUGAAAAAUGAUGGAAUAUUCAAUGUAAUGUCAGU